AUGACAAUAAUUCACCUUGUCUUCUGGCAUUGCUCCUUCAAUAUCUAUAUUUGUAUCCAUUCUAAUUUUCCACAUCUUGACAGAAAGUCAAGAUCUUGCAAGAGAAUUCAGCUCCUUCAGACCAUAAUGUUAACCUACUAUAACUCUACUUUCCCUAUCUUCUUCUUGACUGGGGUCCCUGGACUUGAAUGGGCUCAUGCCUGGAUCUCCAUCCCCUUCUGCUGCCUCUAUUUAACUGCCCUCUCUGGGAACACCUUCAUCCUGUUCAUUGUCCUCACUGAGCAAAGCCUCCAUGAGCCCAUGUACUAUUUCCUCUCCAUGUUGUCCACCACUGACAUUGGUUUAUGCCUCUCUACACUGGGAACGGUACUGGGAAUAUUCUGGGUCGAUGCACGGGAGAUCAGCUUCAAUGCCUGUUUAUCACAGAUGUUCUUCAUUCACCUCUUCACAUUCAUGGAAUCCUCAGUGCUCCUGGCUAUGGCCUUUGAUCGUUUUGUGGCCAUUUCUAACCCCUUGAGAUAUGCUACCAUUCUAACUCAUGCAAGGAUUGCUCAGAUUGGUUUGGCAGUCAUUACCAGGGGGACUAUCAUUCUGACACCACUAGUCCUACUUCUUAAGCGCCUAUCAUUCUGCCACAGCCACGUACUCCAUCACUCCUAUUGCUUCCACCCUGAUGUGAUGAAGCUCUCGUGCUCAGAUACAAAGAUCAAUAGUGCUUUUGGACUAACGGCAAUAAUCUCUACCGCUGGGGUAGACUCUAUCUUUAUUUUGCUUUCCUACAUCUUGAUCGUUCGUUCGGUUCUCAACAUUGCAUCCCCAGAGGAGAGGAAAAAGGCCUUCAGCACCUGCAUUUCUCAUAUCACUGCUGUGGCCAUAUUCUACAUCCCUUUGAUCAGCCUGUCUUUCGUUCACAGAUUUGGAAAACGUGCUCCACCCUAUGUGCCCACACUAAUUGCUAAUGUAUACUUGCUCAUUCCCCCUGUGAUGAAUCCCAUCAUCUAUAGUGUGAAGACAAAGCAGAUUCAAAAAGCUAUAUUCAAACUUGUAUGUUUUAAGAGAACUCAUACUUAA